AUGGAUCUAAAGGCAUUAAAAUUUCAAAUUGAAACUAGUUAAGAAAUAUCUACAAAUAAUCUCUAUAAUUAUGAAAUAUUUAAAAGAACUUCAUGGUUUUUGAGUUUGGAAGAUGUAUUAAUAUUAGGAGCCACCUGCCGCAUUUUAAAUGAAUAUGUCUAAGUUUUAAAUUAUUUCUAUAUAGACAGAAACAUUAUUAAUUCUUUGCCGAGAAAUACUAUAAAUAAUUUCUAAAUGAUUAACUUGAAAUGACACUUGAAAUUAAUUAUCCAGAUAUAACUUAAAGAGGUCAGAUUCGUUAGGCAAAUUUUGAUAUAAACCCUUUAGAUUGGAAAUUUCAAUAUAAAAGAAUGAAAUAAUUGAAGUAAGAUUAGUAAAUAUGAAUGGUAGAAAAACAAUAAAAAUUCCAUUCUCUCUUUGUGAAUCAGUGUUUCCGAAACCUAUUUUAAAAAGAGAGACGAUAGGUUUAUAUUGCGAAUCAGAAUUCUAAAUUAUGCUUGCUUAACGUUUGGAAUUAGAAUAAAAAGGGUUCGAUAGAUUGUUCGACUUUUAAUUGAUAUCAAAUGAGGUAUUUAAAACAUGAUUUAAAUUAAAGCUAAUGAAUAAUUUAAAACAAAAUAAGCAAUUAGUAAUAAAUUAAAUGUGCGAAAAAUUAGAGAAUAGUGAAGCAUUUAAAUCAAAAUUUUUAAUAUAUAGAUGGAAUUUAAUAGAUGAAUCUUCUGGAUUACAAUAAUUUCCUCAGGUCGACUCCUAAAGCAUUCAGAUAGAGGAGUAAGAAGAAGCACUUACUGAUGAAUUUUGUAUAAUGAAUCUCUUCGAACAAUUGUAUAGUUCUGUUGAAUGCUAUCUAGAAGGUUUGUCAAUGUACUUUUCUACCUUUAUAAAUGCAAAUUCAACAAAUAGUAUUGAUUUAUUAAGUGAAUACAUUAUGUAUUGGGAAGCAUAUAGUAAUUCUAUGGUUGAAUUAAAUGGAGAAAUAUAUCCCUUCGAAAAUAUUGUGAAUGAAAUACAUUAGAAAAUAUUUCCUUAAUAUCCUCAAUAUCCUCGGUUCUCAGUUUGGAGAACAAUGUGUAAAUUGUGGAUCAAAUAUGUAUUAAAUUUUUUAACUCAAGAUAAUUAGAAACGAUUAAUUUUAGUAACUGCUUAUAGAAUGCUUCAUCAGAACUUUAUAGGCAGAAAGAUAAGCUAAGUUUCUCAAGGAAUUUGAUCAAGGUGUUAAUGAUAAUCUGGGUUUUACUCCUUCUUUUUAAAUUACAUAUGAAAUUUAUGAUAAUUUCUUACUAAAAUAAAAAAAUAGUAUAAAGGAUUAAUUUUAAAUUGAAUAUAGUCAUAAAUAUUAUACAGAGAUAGUGGAGUUAAUGAGAAAUUUUAAUAAAUCUAUAUAGGAUAUUUCAAUCAAUGAAGUAUUCUUGUUAUUAAUCAUUAGGUAUCUGUUCAUUGGAUUGGACAUGUGGAUUGCUGUUAUGAAGAAUUCUAUGAUUUGUUAAGUGAGAGAGUUCAACAUGAAACAAGUUUGUACUAUGAUGAAACUAAAUAGGUUUUUGGUUCCAAUGUAGCUUCUUUCAUAGAAUUUAUGAAAUUUGAUAAGGAGUAAAAUAAAGCUAUUAUAUCAUUUAGGUUUAUUUCUCAAUUCUUACCAGAGCCUAUUAUAUUUAAAAUAGACAACCUAUAACGUGAACACAUCUACACAUACUUAUUUUAUUAUUUAGAGCAUUCAUAUCUUUCAAGAUUUAUUUAUACUCAUAAGGAUAUGAUUGCUUUGGCCUAUAAUACAAAAACACCAAAAUAGGAAAGAACUUCGAUUACUUCGUCAAACAAUAAUGAGUAUUUAGAUACUUAAGGGGAUGCUACUUUAAACGAUGCUUAAAGAUUUCUUAAUUUUGCUUUAGAGAAUAGUAAUUUUGAUUUGGAUGAACUUUUGAUUAAUAAAAAAAAUUAAAAUCAACAGGAACCCUUAUUAGAGAUUAUUAAAGUUGCUCUUUCUUAAAAAAAUCUUGAAUAAUUGGUGGGAACUAAUGACUAAGAAGAUUAAUAACAAUCUCAAUUUUAAUUUGAAUAGAAUAGGCAGUAAAAAUUUCCAAGAACUUACUCCAAUAAUAAAUGUAAAUUUACUUUAGAUUAUCUUAGUAAACUCUGAUUCAACAGAAGUUCCAGAAGAAGUAGUCAAAUCUGCCAAGUAAUUCCUAUUAAACGAUCCAGAAUUUACUAAACUUUAUCAAAUUUUCAUUGAUUAUACAAAAAAUUUUGAUAGAAAUUGGGUUUAAACGAGUUAAAAAAACCAAGACAUUGAAAUAUUGAAUAAUGAUAGAGAAAUUCCAAGAGUAUUGUUUAUGGUAUAUUAAAAUUAGGUCCUAUAAGAUUAUCUUUAAUAUUUUUAUUUUGUAUCUAAACAUUUAACAUUAACAAUUUUAGAGGACAAUAAAAUUGUGAAUGAAGAAGAUCUAGAUGAUCUUGAAAUGCCUCCUAGCCUCUCAAAAAAUUCAUCAAAAUUUAAAAGUAUUUAUGUUAUUUAAUAUUUAGAAAACUCUGUUUGCAUGGAAGUUUAUUACUCAGAGGAAGAAGAUGAGAAUUAAGGAUGAAUUCUAAUAACAAUGAAUUUAUUAAUUUAAU